UUUCUCCCAUAAGCUUGUCUCCGCCCUCUUCUUCCAUCCCUGAACUCCAUCAUCUUCUCUUGUUCUUACAUACUGUGUCUGGCCUCCCCGUAACAAGAACACCUUCACAAGCUUUCUUGGGUCGACCUGCAUUGCAUCAAGAGACGCAUUCACCAGGAAGGAUGUCGAGCAGGAGGUCUCGGUCAAGGCAGAUGAGCUCGUCGAGGAUCACCGACGAGCAGAUCAAUGAUCUGCUGACGAAGUUGCAAGCUGUGCUCCCCGAGGCCCACCUUCGCAGCACCGACAGGGUGUCAGCAGCCAAAGUCCUGCAGGAUACCUGCAACUACAUCCGGAGCUUGCACCGGGAGGUGGACGACCUGAGCGAGAGGCUCUCCGAGUUGCUUGCCAACAACGACAUUAACAGUGCUCAAGCCGCGAUCAUCAGGAGCCUGCUUAGGUGAUAGCUUAAUCUUAGAAUGGCCUUCUCAGAACAAGCUGGAUGUCAUGGAACUCUGAUGCCAAAGUGCUCUAGAAUAAAGCUGGAAGUAAACGAUAGAAGGCUGCCUUUCCUGGUCUUUGAUGCUGUAAACCUGUGCUUCAUCUUAUUGUAUCUACGAUCUAAAUUUUGCAUUAAAUGCCAAGAGUGUUACUAGUGUUAUCAGUCUUUGACAUUGAAUCUUCUUCCUUGGAA